CUUUGCAAUUACAGUAUACAGUACUGUAUUUCGGGUAGCCUUCGGAGAAAAACACAACGGAUAAAUAUUACAAAUCAGUAAUGUGAACGACGCAGAGAUUAAGUGACAGAGGGAGGCAGUUUUAUUCAUGCCAGUGUUACAUCAGGAUAAACUCAUCUCAGUGAAGUGCGACGCUUCUCAAGCUAGCUUAGCUUGCUAGCGGUAACAAAGACACCCGGAAGUUAUCAUCAAUACGUCGCUAAGGCUAAAUCAAUACGUCUAGUCUGACAAGUGUUGUGAUUGUGUGAAAAUGUGUAAAAUACAAAUGCUGAGAGCGUUGGUGAAUCAGCGACUAACUGUGGCUGUUGAAGAAAUAUUUGGAGUGUUAGAAAGAACGAUAGCAGAGUACGAGGAGGAACUUUGUCGAACAAAAGAGGAGAACGAGCGACAACGUCGACUACUGGACGCUGUUUUCAAGAAGCCCCAAGUUUCGUUACACAGAGCAGGCAUCAGUGAUGAACAUCUUUCCCCUGAGCAGCAGGAGUGGAACUCCAGGAUGGAGCAGGAGGAAGCACAACUCCCCCACAUUAAAGAGGAAGAGGAGGAGCAAUGGCGCCCUCAAAUUAAAGAGGAAGAGGAGGAGCCACAGCGCCCUCAUAUCAAAGAGGAAGAGGGGGAUCACAGCAUCAGUCAGGAGGGAGAUCAUCUUGAAGGACUGGAGGAGUUCCCAGUGAUUGGUGUCCCUUUGAAGAGUGAAGAUGAUGAAGGCAAAGGUCAAAGUGAGGAGAAGAGAGAGGUGGAGCCUCCAAGCAGCAGCUCCACUCAUCACAUGACAACAGAAGCUGAUGGAGACCACUGUGGAGGAUCACAAGCAGACAACCUCUUAGCUCCACUAUCAGAUAGUGACGACAUAACGUCACACUCUCCUGACACUGAUGAUGAAGACUCUGAAGCUGAUAUGACAUGUCACACUGACAACACACGCUGGAAAUGCUCUCAGUGUGAUAAAACUUUUGUUCACAAGGGAAAUCUGAACAGACACAUGAGACAUCACACAGGAGAGAAACCUUUCACCUGCUCAGUUUGUGGUAAAAUAUUCUCUCAGUGGUCAAAUUUGAAAGAACACACAAGAGUACACACAAGAAAGAAAACUUUCACCUGCUCAGUUUGUGGAAAAAGAUUAUCUCGGCGGUCACACUUGAACGUACACACAAGAAUACACACUGGCGAGAAACCAUUCGCCUGCUCAGUUUGCGGUAAAAGAUUCUCUCAGCAAUCAAACUUGAAAGCACACACAAGAAUACACACAGGAGAGAAACCUUUCACCUGCUCAGUUUGUGGUAAACGAUUCUUUUGGCAGUCACAUUUGAAAGUACACAUGAGAAUACACACUGGAGAGAAACCUUUUCCUUGCUCGGUGUGUGGUAAAAAAUUCUCACAAAAAACUGAUUUAAAUAAACACACUAGAAUACACACUGGGGAGAAACCUUUUCCUUGCGCAGUGUGUGAUAAAACAUUCUACCUUAAAGGUGAGUUAAAAAGACACACAAAACUACACGCUGGAGAGAAACCUUUUUCCUGAGCAGUUUGUGGUAAAAGUCCCACACUGACGAGUAACUUCAAAACUUUUUUUGAGGAUGCAUCCAUCUGGAUUUCAAAGAACACAAAAAGGGACGUACUAAUAAGCAAGAGAGUAUUACCUUUGUUUUUUUUUUUUUAAUAAUGACUUCUCAUGUUGCAAACAGACAUUAUGAUGAAACGUCCGCAAUGUUUGUUUCAUCUCUCACAGGUAUGAACUUGGACUGUCAAAUGUAACGUGUGAACAGCGCUAACUAAAAUAUUUCAAUCAGGGGUGCCACCAGGGAUUCUGAGAGCAACUGAGAACGAGAUUGUUUCAUGGAUAUAUUUGAAAAAUAUCUCAACCCAAAUCAUAUUUUAAUUUAUACCUAUUUUUUGACAGGGGCCCUUUGAAAUGUUCUCAAAGUGACAAAACUUUUGCCAAGAAGGGAACUCUGAAAAGACACAUGACACGGCAGAGAAACCGUUCGCCUGCUCAGUUUGUGACAAAAGAUUCUCUCAGCGGUCACAUUUGAAAGGUCACAGUAGAAGUGGGAAAUCUUUUCGUUGCUCAGUGUGUGGUAAAACAUUUUCUCGAAAUGCUGAUUUAAAAAUACACAAAAAUAUUUAAAUAUAUGCAUGCAGUUUUUGGUAAAAUAUUCAUUCAGAAAUCUCACUUCAAAAGACACAAGGAUAAACUUAGGAGAGAAACCUCUCCCUUGCACAGUGUGUGGCAAAAGAUAUUCUCAAAAAUGUGAUUUAAAAACACAAGAAUACACACUGGAGUGAAACCCUUUCCUUGCUCGGUGUAUGGUCAGAUAUUCUUAAUGAAAUGUUGCUGAAAAAAAAACAGGAAUACACACUGGAGAGAAACCCUUUCCUUGUACGGUGUGUGUGGUAAAAGAUUUUCUCAAAAAGGUGAUUUAAGAACAAAAAUCCAUACUGGAUAGAAACCUUUUUGUCAAAAAUGUAUUUUAAAUAGACACACAGGAUGGGAACCAUUGCCCGGUACCUGAGAAUCAGUACGUGCUUAUGUGGUAAUAAAUGUUAAUUACUUUUAAUUAAUUUGAAUUACUUUUUUCAAUUUAAGAUAUGUAUCUCUUGAUAUAUAAUCUUUACCAAAUGUGUCAAAACAAUGUCCAACUGUUAAUAGUGUAACUUUGUACUUGUUUCCCUUCACUACAAUUCAAACCCAGCUCAACGCACUCCUAUUCCUGUCCGUUCCUCUCUGGAAAAAUUGUGUGAUGGGUUAAUCUGGAAGGCAAAUAGGUUUAAAACAAAGGGGUGAUUGUGGUCAUGGUAUGGCUGUGUGUGUGUGUGUGUGUCGAAGAAGAUGAAGCCGACACGCGACUGUCAGUGAACUAAACCCGUCGCGCUAACGGAUAAUAUAACUUUAUGCAACUCUUUCGUGUUGUCGGUAAUGUUUUCAUGUGUGUUUAAAUGACAUCUGCUUCAGUUGUGGUCGUGGUGCUCAUCAGAGGCAUAGAAACAAAAUGCUAUUGUACAUUGCACACUAUACUGUACAACACAAUACAAACUUUCUGCUACGUGGUUAAGUAUCUUUAAUUGCUGGAUUACAUGUCGAUUACAUCUAAGUUGUAUAUGGGCAGUCCAGUAUUACUUUA